GCAAAAACGAUCAAAUCGGCUGCGCCCGCUAUAAUACCAUAUCAUCAGAAAUGCUCUUUAAUGGCACCCACGGAAAACCUUCGGCGAAUAUUUCAUUUUCUAUUUAGUUUUUUUGCAGAGAAAUUCAAAUGUUGUCGUUGUAUAAGUACUUAAUUUACUGUACGACCGAAAGAGCCUUUGUAUGCACGUACGGGCUAAAGAUAACCGGCACGGGAAACACAAAGAGCACGACAGAAGUCCCAUAUGUAUAGUCUGACCAUGCCCGGUUCUAGGACACUUAAACGAUUGAUCUGCGGAGGAGGAAUUAUUAGUGGAAUAGGCCUUGUGGUGUCUAUAGUGGUCCACGAUGAAAGACACCCGCAAUCGCAGGCUUUAUCGCGCCAGUUGGCGCCCACAUUUAUACAGUCAGCCGGUUACCAGUUCAGCAAUGUUAACUGCAUUCCCAACCAGCCUGUUGGUAGGAUCUCGGCGUACAGCGAAAGCGCAGGUGAUAUUGCAUAUACCGUCGAUUCGGAAACCGGAAGCUCUGUAACAGUAAAUAUCAACAGCGGUCUGAUCUUGAUGGCCACUGUCUCUUACGACGUACAGCAUUUAACGUUCCGUGCUACUAAUCAGCACGGAUCGAGAACGGUCCCAGUAACCAUCUACUGCUCUGGCAACUCCGUGACGGGGAAAACCAUGGUCCCCACCUUUUCGAUGGCAUCAUACAUUUUCACAGUAACCAACUGUUACACGGGUUACUACAAUACCAAUGCUAAUGUCGGAGCGGUGUACGCCAACGGAGCCAGUUACUAUACGUUAUCAGCCGGAAACGGAAACAGCCCGGGUGCUACGUUCAACAUCAAUCCCAGUGGGCUGAUCACGAUGAAUGGAUACGCAAGCACUGGCUACUACACGCUAGCGGUUACGGCUUACGGGUCAAAUGGACUGACAUCCAGCACAACGGUCGCAGUAUAUCUGUCCUGCAACGGGAACGCAAACCCCAUUUCGGCGAAUCCAGUUUUUCAGCAGGCCAGCUACUCGUUCGCAUCGGCUCCUGCUGGUUCUGAUUCAUGUAUUAAUGAGGGCACCAUCAUUGGGAACGUAUUCGCCUUCAACGCGCAUUCGUAUGCGGUAACCAGCGAACCAUCGGGCCUGUUCACUAUUUCCCACUCAGGACAGAUCUCACUAAGCACCGCCACCACGGGAGCGUUGGGAGGCCAUUAUUCUAUAACCGUUACUGCUUACGGCUCCAACGCCGGGUCGGCCAGUGUGCCGGUGACUAUUAGUAUUCCUAGCUUGCGAUGUGCUCAAAAGAGCACCGGUACCGCGACCGCGGUGAUAUAACGAUGGAAUCGCGUAGAGAUUUGCAAUCUGCAAUUAUCGAAAUUAUUGGAUUAUACGGGUCAUUGUUAUGCUUUAUGAGUUUGCUCCUUCUGAUUUUAAAAUAAAUGCAUGUGCUAUCGUUUUUCUUCGGCCGUUCUACAAACUUAUUUGAUAAUUUCAGAAAAUUUAAUGCUGCUUUCGAUAAUACAGUACUGUCCUGUUUUCUCGAUAAAAUUUCAUCUGAUUUCAGUUUCGCAGAUUGCUGCUCAUUCAGAAUGCGCUGGUGAUGUAUGAUAAGA